AUGGUGAUGGAUGCGUUUGAAAGAUUGCGCCCAGUCGGCAGACUGGAGCGUUACUCGACAGCUCGCCAUGACUUGCGAUUCUAUCUGAAUGCGGCCGUGACCGCCUCAUACACCCUUCCGGACAGGUGCUCUCCACCGCUGCCGCUGAAGCACUACAUCUACGAAGCCUGCAGGACUGUGGUGGGACUACAUCCCAUCUUGUCAGCCAUCCCUGUCGACGAACACACCCCUCACCCGCAGUUCGUGCGUCUGCCAGAGAUCAAUCUUGACCGAUGUGUAUCCUUUCACGAACGGCGGCCCGUCGUGCUUGAACCGGAUCCGUCCGUCGAUGCUACUGCUGCUUCCACUUCCCUGGGCUGGGAUGCCCGUGGGGACACAGGCACAGGCACAGGCACAGACACAGACACAGACACAGAUCUGGACGAGCUUCUGACCACCCAGCACAACAUGGCCUUCGCACCCCCGCAUCCCUUCUGGCGCCUCUGCGUGUUGACGGAUGCCGCACGACCGCACUGUUUCACCGCGGCUUUUGUGUUCCACCAUGCCAUUGGCGACGGGACGUCCGGCAUGGCCUUUCACAGGGCCUUCCACCAGGCAUUAUCACAAGCUGUGUCUGUAUCUCCCGUCUCCGACCAGACUGGGACUGGGACGGGGACGGGGACGGGGCCGGCGACCGCCACAGCGAUCAUUCCGUCACCUUCAACCGCUCUGCUCCCCAGCGUGGAGGCGCUCCAUGCGAUGCCUAUCUCGAUCAUACAUCUGGUCACCAUCCUAUUCAAGGAGAAAGUGUGGUCUCGCCGCGACCCAGGCCUGUGGACAGGCUCCAAGAUUAGUGUCCCGCUUGACAACCGAGUCCGCCACAUCGCGUUUGCUCCGUCGACCACCCGCGGCUUCAUAGAUGCCUGUCGCACACAUGGGACGACCGUCACUGCUGCACUGCAGACCCUCGUGGCCGGGGUCCUAUUUUCUCACCUUCCCGCCCACACCUUUACCGCGCUGAAAUGUGCCGGAGCCAUUUCGAUGCGUCGCUGGCUCCCAGGGAUCAUCGACGACAAUUCCAUGGGUGUCUUCGUCCAGGAUCUCUCCGAGGACUACUCCCGUGCGGACUUUCAAACCGGCCGUUUGCCCUGGGCCGAAGCGAAAAGGUCCCGAGAUACGAUUACGCACGUGUUGAGCUUGGAGGGGAGAAACGCCGGGCCGAAUCUCCUACGCUAUGUCAAUGACUAUCAGCAAGAGCUGUUUCUGUCCAAGGUCGGAAAGGAACGACAGUCGAGCUUCGAAGUGUCCAAUCUGGGAGCUUUUCGGCGGACGACGCAGAGCAAGACUCUUGAGAGCUCCAGGUCUCAGUCUGGGUCUGGGUCCGGCACCGAUGUCGAGAUCGGCCGAAUGGUCUUCACGCAGAGCGCCAAUGUCGCCGGGAGCGCAUUCGAGGUCUCGGUCGUGUCGGGCGAGGACGGGUGUUUGGCUCUGGGCUUCUCCUGGCAGAAAGGGGUGGUCGAGGCCGGGUUGAUGGACGAGGUGAUCAACGGUGUCCAAGAGGAGGUGAUUGAUGUGGCGGUCAACGGUGUCGAAGAGGAGGUGAUACGUGUGGGGGGGUCGACAGGUCCAGAUCCUGAGCCGUAG